AUGGCCGGGGUUUUCAGCAAACAACGAUUUGGUUUUGCAAGUGAAACAACGAUUGAAGAGCUAAAAAAGUUUUCCAAAAACCCAAACACAGUAAAGAGUACGUCUUUCUGGCUGAAUGUAUGGGAGACGUGGUGCAAACAGAAAAAUAUUGUCAACAAAAUCGAGGAAAACGAGCCAGAAAAACUAAACAAGCUACUUGAAACAUUCUACGCUGAAGUAAAAAAAAAAAACGGUGACGACUACGAGCCAGACAGCUUAAGAGUGAUGAUAGCUGCACUUGAUAGACAUUUAAACGAGAAAGGAUACAAGUUUUCCUUCAUAAGAGACAGGGAGUUCCACUCUUCCAAGCAAGUUUUAGAGGGGAAAGCUCGGCAGCUUCGCCAAUCUGGUAUGGGCAAACGUCCAAAUAAAGCCAGAAGUUUAACUGAGGAAGAAGAAGAGGUGCUGUGGGAGGCAGAAAAAUUUGGUUCCAAAACUCCAGAAGCGCUUAUUUCUUCUAUGUGGUGGCUUUUGACGCAGUUCUUUGGUCUCCGCGGCCGUCAAGAACACCACGCAAUGAAAAUGGAAGAUUUUCAACUCUGCAAAAAUGACGAAGGUAUGGAGUUCGUGCAGUUUACCGAAGGUCCAACGAAGACCAGACAGGGCGGACUGCAGAGCAAGAACAGAGACUUUCAGCCCCGAAUGUUCUCUGUUGGAGGAGAAAGGUGUCCGGUUGCUAUCUUCAAGCAGUUUGUCGAGCGAAGACCACUAAACAUGCGAUGGUCAGGUCCUUUCUACCUCAGUAUCAAAAGAAACCGAACGCUGAAUGACGGUUGCUAUCUUCAAGCAGUUUGUCGAGCGAAGACCACUAAACAUGCGAUGGUCAGGUCCUUUCUACCUCAGUAUCAAAAGAAACCGAACACAGAAUGACAACAUCCGGUUCAAAACUCAACCAAUGGGCGUAAACACGAUUAGCAACAUGAUGAAAACAAGUGUGGCGGGUACUAGCCUUGAAGAAAGUCACAAAAAGUUCACGAAUCACAGUGCUAGAAAGACAACAGUGAGCAAGCUAAAGAAAGCAAACGUUGAACGCUCAGAUAUUGUGAAGGUCACAGGCCACCGAAGCGUACAAUCCCUUGACGAUUACGACGAAGCCGACGAGGAAGAGCAACGACGACUUUCCAGUGCAAUAUCCAAACGAAAUUAUGAAAACCCCAGUGCUGAGAAAAAGCGAAUGGCAGUUUCCGACAUCACAACAACUGUGGCUCCACUCGCUCCGGUAAACACGAAAGUGCCCGUACCACACACAUUGGCCGGCCCAUCGAUGACAGCGACGAAAGAAAACCAAUUCCCUCCAUCACUUUCAGGUUUUCAAGCUCAGAAUUUCUCCGUGAAUCCAACCAUGAUGAGGUCCCAGGAACAGACCAUGAUGAACACGUUCAACAACUGUCAAGUGUCUUUCAUCAUUGGCCGCUCGAAGCGAGCUCCUGAGAUUUCAAAACGACAGCCCACUUCUUGUAAACGCCGAGCGUUCAUUAUUGAGGAUGAUUCUGAUUGA